UUGGGAUUGGUUUGCUGAUUCCCCCUAGCCACUGGAUCUUACACUCUUUUAUGUAUAUCCAUCCCCAGCUUAAAUCCACUACCAGACCAUGUGCUCUCCAUGACGGAUGUUCGAUUGCUAAGCUAACGCUGCAUGUCCGAAGACUCUCCUUGGUAGAGCCAAGGGUUGUUGGAAACUCCAACCUAGCCCUCUUAUUUUUUUCUGUGUGUGUGUUCCUCUAGAACUUUCAAACCUGUUUCUCCAAAGGGUUUUGCAGAAACUCAGACUGUUUUCUAAAGCAGAAGCACCUCAGUCCACAGCAGUAGUGAUGGGCAGCGUGCGAACCAACCGCUAUAGCAUCGUUUCCUCAGAAGAGGAUGGCAUGAAGCUGGCAACCAUGGCAGUUGCCAAUGGCUUCGGGAACGGGAAGAGCAAGGUACACACUAGGCAGCAGUGCAGGAGCCGCUUCGUCAAGAAAGAUGGACACUGCAACGUCCAAUUCAUUAAUGUGGGCGAGAAAGGACAACGUUACCUGGCAGACAUCUUUACCACCUGCGUGGAUAUUCGCUGGAGGUGGAUGCUACUUAUCUUCUGCCUGGCUUUCAUCCUUUCCUGGCUUUUUUUUGGCUGUGUGUUUUGGCUAAUUGCUCUGUUGCAUGGGGAUCUGGAGGAGCCAGCAAACUACAAAUCUUGUGUCUCCAAUGUGAACAGCUUCACUGCAGCCUUCCUCUUCUCCAUCGAAACUCAGACAACGAUUGGGUAUGGUUUUAGGUGCGUCACGGACGAGUGCCCCAUUGCAGUCUUCAUGGUGGUUUUCCAGUCUAUUGUAGGCUGCAUCAUUGAUGCCUUCAUCAUUGGGGCUGUCAUGGCAAAGAUGGCUAAACCAAAAAAGAGAAACGAAACUCUAGUCUUCAGCCACAAUGCUGUUGUGGGCCUGAGGGAUGGGAAGCUGUGUUUAAUGUGGCGUGUUGGAAACCUACGGAAAAGCCAUUUGGUAGAGGCACACGUGAGAGCCCAGCUUCUUAAAUCCAGGGUCACCUCCGAAGGAGAAUACAUCCCUUUGGACCAAAUAGACAUCAACGUUGGGUUUGAUAGUGGGAUAGACCGCAUAUUCCUGGUCUCCCCAAUUACAAUAGUCCAUGAAAUAGAUGAACAAAGUCCCUUGUAUGACUACAGUAAGCAAGACAUGGACAAUGCAGACUUUGAAAUUGUAGUAAUAUUAGAGGGCAUGGUGGAAGCUACCGCCAUGACUACCCAGUGCCGUAGUUCAUAUCUGGCAAACGAAAUCCUCUGGGGCCACCGUUAUGAGCCUGUGCUCUUUGAAGAGAAAAACUACUACAAAGUGGACUAUUCUAGGUUCCACAAAACGUACGAAGUGCCCAACACACCCCUUUGUAGUGCCAGAGACUUAGCAGAAAAGAAAUACAUUCUCUCUAAUGCAAAUUCCUUUUGCUACGAGAAUGAAGUGGCCCUCACCAGCAAAGAAGAGGACGAGAGUGACAAUGGGGUGCCUGAAAGCAUAAGCACAGACACCCUCCCAGACAUGGACCAUCAUAACCAAGCUGGGGUGCCACUAGAACCUAGGCCGUUAAGGCGGGAAUCGGAAAUAUGACUGACUGACUUUUUCUCUGUUAUCUUUUGGUUUAAAAGAAAAAUACGUCGGUCAAAGGCACAAUGAGCUGAGAGUUGGCCCAAAGCAGUUUUCAGACGAUGGUACUGUUGAAGAAAGGCGUGAAGACAAGCGGUCCUGAGGAAACUAAGCCAGUUUUAGGGCUGUCUUUAGAGGAGAGAGAGCUGAAAAUGAACUCUAAACACGAAGCACUAAACAAUGUCUAAGCAUGACCAGAAGGCACAUAUAUAUUGUAGAAUAAAUUAUGUAUAUAUUUUUUUACAAAACUUGAACUUGCAGGCGAGCUUUGGUUGGGUUAUUAUUAUUUUUUUUCAACUUUUUCCAGAAUGCUUCUCUCUAGGGAACAAGAAUGUUUUUAAUGGCAUAACAAAGGCAAGAAUCUGCCUUAUUAUUAUUAUUAUUGUUAUUAUUUUAAGAAAGCUGCUGCUAACUACAUGGACACAAAUUGUAAUUUUUUUGUGGCAGUGUAGUUUUUUCUUUUGUGUAAUUUAAAAAAAAAGUCAACAUUGAAUUUUGUGGGUUGAAAAGCUCGUGAUCACACUUCAAAGAGGCCAAUGUGGCCGUAUAGUCUGAACUUCGUUUGAGGCCAGUAGUUUGAUAGCUAGAAUCAAUUUUUCUCUCUUUUCAGUUACAUAAGGGGCAUUAUGUAACAUAAAGCCAAUUGGUAGCCUCCAGCAAAUUUUUUUUUCAGGGGGGGAUGGGAGGGGGCUGAGUUUAAUUCUCUAUCUAAAAAUUAAGUUAAAACUACCUAAAUGGAUACCAAAGAAAAUGCACAGUUUUGCACAGUGGAGUUUAUUUAAAUGAAACAGGCUGCUUUAAACAAACAAAAUUUGAACCUCAGACUUUUUUUUUUAAAGGGCCUCAUUUCGCACCUUAUUCAGAAAAUAGAGUGUAAGACUCAGAUCUAAGUAAGCAAGACAUUUUCCCCCCCUCUGUGGGAAAACGAGCUCCCUUUCUUUCUUUUUAUAAGAAGGAAAAGGGGGGGGGGGGGGGCAAACAUCUGUUCUUUCCUGUUAGCAAAACACCAGCAGGGCUACAGCAGAAGGUCAAGUGUUGUUCUACACACAUUCCAAAACUGCUUCUAGAACUUAGAGGGCCCUUUUAGAGCUGACCCAGCGUUCUGAGAACUGAGCCAUCAGACAUGCUGCAGGCGGUCAUUACAUUUCCAGUUAAACUAGGCUAGAGCCAUGCAAAGCUGCUGAUCUGCGCUAGGCUAACUCGGCUGGAGCAGGCAUUUAGGCGUAGGUGAGCCGAGCAACACGUAAAUCCCUGGGGAGGAGGAGGAGGGGGAAAAAAGGGAAGGAAGUUGUAACAGAGCAAUCUGAAAGAGCGUAGGGAUGUGAACGUUUUGGAAAAAUGCUUCCCUUUGGCAGGCCACAGGUGUCAGACCAGGUGUAAUAGUGUGCUCUGGAUCAUUUGAAAAAGGAUUAUUUGCAGAUAAUGCUGUAAAAGAGUUCCCUCUCCCACCUCCUUUUUACCUGUAAACAUCGACUGAGCUAUCUGUGGAUGAAAUAUGUGACCUUUUGUAAAGCCAUGGCUCUAAUGGUAUUUUGGCCCCCUUGCCAAGAAUGCUUUAAUAUUUUCUGUGCCUCUAAGAUCAAGCAUAUAACUUAGCCGUACUUGAAGGUUCCUUGCCUGUGAAUCUUCCUCAAGGAAUAGGUAAUGGUGGUGGUGGGGACAAUAGAUUCUAGUCAACUCUUUUACAGAAUUGAAUCACUGUAUGCCAUUAAAAAACAGCUUGUUCUAAGUCUAAUGUCUUCUGCAAAUGGACAUCUGUGAAGGCCCCUGGCCCCUUACAGCCCUGCCUGAAGGAAAUGCCUGCAAUGACAUGGUGGUUUCUGAUACGAUGGUAUUUACACUAACCUGAGUAGGUGGGUUCUAAAACUGUGGAAAUUUUACAUUGUAAAGGUAGCUCUGGAUAUUCUAAAGAGGGCAGAUGUUAUUUAAAUACAAGUUCUAAAACUAUUUAUGGGGGGGAUGGGGGAAGGGAAUUAAACCCACACGGCAACUUGAACACAGUUCUGGGUCAUAGCCAGUGAAUGCAACUGAACGCUACUUGUGCUGCUAUUGUGAUAUUCUUGUAAAGGAAAACAACUAAACCAAAGAGUAUUCAGUGAAAUGUAAAACAAAUGAAGAUGCAAUGGGGGAAGGAAGGAAAUGGGGGAAUGAGAUGGAGAAAAGGGAACCUUUUCCCUAAUUAGAUCACUCCAAAAUAUACAGUGCCCCUCUUAGGAGACUUGAAAAAUCUGAGCAAGGGACAGGAGAUAAGGGAAAAUAAAAAGCUUCAGUUUGUUUCUUUAAGAAAAAAUAAACAAAACAAAACAAAACAAAAAAGGGAAAAAAUCUGAAAUUUCUGGUGCACAGU